GUGCGAGACCAGCAGACGAGACGGUCGUAGAUAGAAGCUUUAGACGCUUGUCGUGAGUUAUUCGUGUUAAGCGAUUGCGUGUAAUAAGCGUGUGCAGUGCGAGCUAACUAUAACUCUAUAACGGAAGACGGAAGGUGACUACGUGUUUAUAGAAAGUGAAUAACAAUAUAAUUUCGUUACAACAACAACAACUAUAACUCAGUGCCGCCAUUGCAGGCCGCAACAAAUAUUACUAUUGGACAUUUUAAUUAACAAAAUCGCGCUUUAAUAAAAAAAUUUACACACAGCAUCAAUCUCUGCGGUUUUCUCUCCCAAAUGUCUAAUUACAAUUUAUGGCUGACGCUAGUCAUAGCGUUGGUCACCAUUGUUGGCAAUAUCACAGCCGCACCGGAAAUACCCUCAGCCGAUUUGCCGGUGGAGGCGCGAAACGGCGGCGACUCCGCUGAAGACGAAGCGCUCAUUUCCACCAGCUAUGUUUUACCUAAUCAAAUCUUCAACGAUGGCAAACCAUAUUAUGCAAGUAAGGAUCCCAUUUCCGGUCAGUUGGACUUUAGCGCCAAAAAGCCAGCCGGUAUUGAGACCGCUGUGAAUGAGGUGAUCGAUCCGAAGGAGAAGAUUGUGCUAAGCAGCAAUGCACCGAACAUACACGACUAUCUGAAUUUGCCCGUGAAAUAUUCAUCAUCGAAAUUUGUUUAUCCAUUGGUGUCGAGUUCUUAUGCAAACCUCAAAUAUCAGGGUAGCAAUAAGAAUUACAUAACGAAUAAGAAACCAACAUCGGUGGUGGCAACACCGGUAACACCAGCACCUAGCCAAAACUAUUACACCAUACCGACUACGAAAUUAAUGGCAGUGCCACCCACAGCGCCGGGCCUGCACAGCAGUAGCGCAUCCACAUCAACUUCAUCAGCAACAACCACAACCACUACAACUAAAGUAACAACAACUACUUCAAAGAAACCCACAACCAGCGUUACUACAUCGAAUAAACCAAGCAGCACCUCUACUGUACCAGCCACCACAAGCACUUUAUCCACGACAACAAUCACAGUGGCACCGAACUCACCCAAGUACACGACCUCCACGCGCAGACCACUGCCAACACUACCAUCUAGCGUUUCGCAAACAUCCGAUAGCAGCACACGCAAGAAAUUCAUACCCACAAAGAAGUAUACACCAACCACAACAACAACUGACAGCAGCACAGCAACAACAUCCAUGCGUUUCCCAGAUCAAGCGGCUUUGAAUACCACCACGACUGCAGCGAAACCAACAACAGUCAGCACUACUUCGUACACUACACGUCCACCUGUCAGCGCCGCUACCGCAGAUACCUCUUCGUCUGCCACUCAUUACGUGCCGAGCACUAAGCAACCCGUUCUUUUCACUGAGGGUCCAAAUGGACAGUUGACUUCGGCGUUACCUACACCAGUCGCUACAAAUGUGCCGGAGCUCAAUAUCGCCGAUGUUUAUCAAACUCUCGGUCAAAAGAAUAUUGAGCAGAAGAUCGAACAAAAACCAUCCAUGUCGCUUGCGGAUAUAUUCAACAGUUUGGCCGAUGAAGAAUCAGCUGUGGCUGCCCAAAAUCAAGGUAGUCAAGGUUUCGACGCACAAGGCAACUAUAUGCAACCCAUUUCGCUGUCGAAACCAGCACCGUUUGCUAUGCAACAACAGCAGCAGCAACAACAGCAGCAAUAUCAGCAACAACAACAGCAGCAGCAACAAUAUCAGCAACAGCAACAACAAUAUCAGCCGCAGCAGCAUUAUCAGACGCAACAACAGCAGCAACAACGUCCUCCGCAGCAAUCUACACACCCCACAUACCCAACACAUCCAACAUUUACCCCGCACGGCUCUACAACACUACCGGGUAGCAACAACGAUCAGAAGGUAAUAUCGGGCAGCCAAGAAAACUAUAGCGGCGAAUAUGUGUCGUAUCAGGUGCAAAAGCCGAAUGUUUUGCAAUACCGUCCAGCGCCGGGUGCAAUCAAUAAUGUCGUCAUCUCACCUGGACAACAUUCGGCCUCAUUUGUUCUGGGCAGUCAACAACAAGUUGGUACAGCUGCGUUCGGCUCGGUAGAGAAGGAGCCAUUGUUCUCUAAGGAACCACCAGUACAAUAUGGUACAGUGAUUAGUGAAGAUAUUAGUGCACUUAAACGUCCAGGUCAAGUGGCACCCGCCCAAGCUGGUACAUUCCCACCCGCCCAAGGAACUUCGAACUUCCAUCAAAACGGUAACUUUGGCGGCAGUGCCGUUAGUCCCACACCACCUUAUGUACAACGUCCCCUGGAUACAAAAGCACCCGCUACCAUAUAUUCUGAAGAGCCGCCAGCACCACCAUCACCAUAUCAGCAAUUGCCAUUGAUCGGCUCAAACAUGCGUCAACGCAAACCACCAAAACCACUCGCUUUACCACAGACAGCACCCAAAGGCAGUUAUCAACCCGUCGGUCCCACACAAACACCUGCUGGCCAAGCUAUAGCAUCCACUGAGAAUAAUAGUGCGCAAGACACGAAAGAAUUGCUCGUCUCCACGAAUAUACGCUUCCCAUCAAAUGAAGAGCAAUCUAACGAAGAACACUCAGGGCCAGUCAUCGCUGGACCACCCGCAGGACCACAAGUCAAUGGACAUGCACAGCCGCUGAGUCUGCAGCAACUACAAAAUUCCAAUAAUGUAGUAUUUCCAAAAGCCGGCGAAGAUACUGUAAGCAAUACCGGGAAUGGUGAAAUACAGAUUCAGAAGCAUGAGGUGCUCACUAUGAAUCAGCACAAACAGAAAUUGAGCUUCCCACCAAACCAACUGGAUCAAAAUACACCCUCACUGCAUAUGGAACCACCACCACGCUUCCCAUCAACCAUCUCCAAUGCCAUACCCGAGCACAGUGAGAUUCACAAGCGUCCUCAGCCUCCAAACCGCCCAUUGGGUCCUUCGUCUUCAUUUGCCUACAGCGACUUCACGCGGAAACCAAUAGCUGGCAUUACACGCCCUAGUGCAGAACGUCACCUACCAAACAUAUUGCCGCAAUUCCGUCCCAACGCCAAAAUCUCUAGUGGACAUCCACCCGCGCAGAAUUUUAAUCAGGAGCCCGGUAACAUACGUAUUUCCGGACAAACACUCAAACGACCAAACAGUUCGCCACAAUUUGCGCACCGUCGUCAGCCACUUUUGCAGCAACAGCAACAUCGUUAUCCACUUAAUCGUGCUGCUGACUUCGGUCCUGGUGCGCCAUUGUCAACAGAUGUUAAUCGUCGCGUUUAUCGUUUGCCGCCCUACGGUGGUCAAGGAGUUCAGUAUCUAGACCGCAUAUAUCCCAGACGUCCGCUGCCUUCACCUCAACGCGGCGUAGAUAAUUAUGAAAGACACGCAGCCGCUUCAAACUCUGAAGUUUAUAAGACGAUUAUGGCGCCUGAACGUUUGGCUGCUUUCGAAGAGGAAGACUUGGUCAUCAACGAUCCACCACAACCAGUUGCAGCUACACAAGAUGAACAAAGCAUCGAUAAAACAAAACUGGAACCAGUUGUAACCUUACAAAUGCUUCAGUCUCAGAAGAAACCGCUCUCACUACCCAACGAUGACACUGGUUUUGGCGAAAUUCAAGUCACCGCAGCUUCGGAACAAACAGAGCCCCAACUCGAGAGCGCUGCAACUCAAAAUGGACUUUAUGUGGUAUAUCCUUCCAAAGGUGAUAAGGUGAAAGUACAGGAAGUCGGAGAUGUAAAAGAUCAAUUACCUGCCAUUGCACAUGUGGAACCACCCACAGGUAGCGACUAUCAAAACACACCAUUCUCAGUGGUGCGCGAUCAACCACAGGAGCCCAUACUAAAGAACAAGAAGCCGCAAUCUCUGCAACAACAAACAAAAACGCAAAUGAUCAAAGACAAAUUCCCCUAUCCAAUCGAGAAGCCUGACCUUUCCUACUCUGAACUCAACAUGCCUAUGCAUGGUACCGUUGUCGGACCACGUAUCAUAAAUGGAGCUUAUGGCGUAGGCAUGCCUGACACACCGAUCGCUAUAGCCUACAGCCCAACAGAGCCGUCACCGUAUCGACGUGUCGGCGUCAGUGAACCACCACGUUUUUCAAACGUAAAUCUCGCUUCAUCUGUUAUAAGCGAAAUCCGCACAGACACACAAACCGAAGAGGGUCUCAGCAAUGAUUUUGAUAAACGUGGUCAGAAUUUAGAAAAGAACUUCAUGGCACCAUUCUAUCCGAGCGUCAGUCUUGGCAGUGCGACGAAUGCACCAUCCAAUGGUUGGAAUAUUCUACCAUCCACAACAGAGAAGACAAUUUACGAAAAAAAUAACAUCAACCGCGCCGACGUGGACGAGACUGCAUCCGCUGACUUUACGGAAACGACAACUGCGAAGUCUUUCGAAAUGGACAGCUUCCAGCCAGAAUUGCAGGGUGGCUUCAAACCCAUCUAUCCACCGGGUUACAAGCUCGAGAAUGAAGAGCAUGCGCAGGCGGAGCCUGAAGAAGUAUUUGUGGAUGAAAAUGAUAAACCGUUAGCGUUGGCAAGCUACAUGCGACCGGAGAGUCAGGAAAUUGACGACGCAAAAAUCAGCGCAGCAACGAGCACCACAUCGAGCUCUUCAACAACAACCACCACCACCAGCACUACACCAAAACCGCAUACAAGCUCUAGCGCGAAGCCCAAAAAUACAGCAACACCAACUACAUCCACCACCGGUGCCACCAGUACCAGCAAUGCGCCGACAAAUCUCAACGCCACAGUUAGUAACGAUACAACAAAAGCACCCAUAACAACAACUACAACCACAAAAAAGAAGAGCACAUUCGAAACUAGCCUAGCUGCUUUACUCUUCGGCGACGAUGAGGAGUUCGAAGACGCCAGCGAGGCUAGAAAACAACAGCCCCUAACAGCGACCGCUGAAACCAAAGCCGUUAGCGCUGGACCACGUGCGGGUGCGCCACGUAUGGGUCCACGCAAUCUGAAGCUCAGUUAGAUGCAAUGAUAUGCAGUGAAAUGUCAGCGAUGCACGCAACACAUUCACCGCCCACACUCAUUCUUAAGCGUCAGGUGGGCGUGGCAAGUGUACGAAAUUAGAUUUUAGCAUAGUAUUUCUUUUUUUGUGUUUGUUUUUUUUUUGUGGAAAUCUAGUUUAGUUUAUUGCUUUAUGUAAUAAUUGAAUUGACAAUUCACAAUUCACUUUAAUAAUGAUUCCCGCAUGAUUACAGUUACAAAAACAUACCUAGAAACAUAUAUAACUAAUACAUAUAUACAUAUACUAGACAAAGGCAAUUGCAAAGGCAGAAAAGCCGUUAUUCAUAAACGCUCAAUUAGUGUGUGUGUCAAUAGCAUUUACUGUGACUUUUGCGAGUCUGAUUCGAAAAGUGUUGAGCUGGUGGAUUCCGCAUUUCACCACUACAAGCAAAUUUCACAUACCUGUCGGGCCUAGCUCAAGUUGACUUGUGUGUGUGUUUGUUUCUUAUUGGACUCCCGAAUCGUCAAGCUACAUUUACUCCUCUUAUAUAUGUAUGUAUUCUACAAAAGCAGCAAAUCGAAUUAAAAUGGAGAAAUUAAAGCAUUAACUGACAAUAUUUAAAAAUAUAUAUAUACAUGUAUACUAAUUUACAAACGAUUUAAUGCUCAAUGACAUAUAAAGUAAUUGUUAAGUAAUUCCCGUUAAAUUUAGUGCGGAGUUGAAAUAAAUAAUUUAGUUGUAUUUAUUUAUAAUUUAUUUAUAAAAACAAAGUGUAUUUGAUAUUUAAUGCA